CCCCAGCUCGGACAGGCGGACAUUCGUACAGACAGACAGACAGACACACGCACACGCCCGGACACACAAACACGCACACCGCGUCCUGCCCUGCGCUGCGAGCGGGUGCGAGCCCGGAGGCGAUCCUGGAGAACAACCUUUCCCUGUCGCUGCUGCCGGCUCCCGCAGGGCUGGACCCGGGGAGCUGCGUCGCGGAGCAAACUUCUCCCAAAGGGCUGAGCUCGCCGGCCUGGUGCCUGCAGCCGGAGCCGGCCUCCGGCUUGGCGGGCAGGGGCCAGGUGUCUUGGAACAAGUGCGGCCCGGGGGGAGACUGGCUGCCCGGCGGCAGGCAGAAGGUCUGCGAGCAGAUGGGCUCCGACGUGCGAGACCUCAACGCGCUGCUGCCCUCCGUGCCCUCCCUGCCGGGCAACAGCAACUGCACCAUGCCGGUGAGCAGCGCGGCGCAGUGGGCGCCCGUGCUGGACUUUCCCCCGGGGGCCUCCUACGGCUCGCUGGGACCGCACUCCUUCAUCAAGCAGGAGCCGAGCUGGAACGGAUCGGAUCCGCACGAGGAGCAAUACCUGAGCGCCUUCACCGUCCACUUCUCCGGCCAGUUCACGGGCACGGCCGGCGCUUGCCGCUACGGGCCCUUCGGAGCCCCGCCGCCCAGCCAGCCGCCCUCGGGCCAGGCUCGGAUGUUCCCCAACGGGCCCUACCUGCCCAACUGCUUGGAGAGCCAGCAAGCCAUCCGCAACCAGGGUUACAGCACCGUGGCCUUUGACGGGACCCCCAGCUACGGCCACACGCCGUCCCACCCCGCCGCUCAGUUCACCAACCACUCCUUCAAACACGAGGACCCCAUCAGCCAGCAGCCCUCCCUAGGGGACCAGCAGUACUCGGUGCCUCCGCCGGUGUACGGCUGUCACACGCCGACCGACAGCUGCACGGGCAGCCAGGCGCUGCUCCUCCGGACCCCCUACAACAGUGACAAUUUAUACCAGAUGACCUCACAGCUUGAAUGCAUGACAUGGAAUCAAAUGAACUUGGGAUCCACACUGAAAGGGCACACAGCGGGGUAUGAAAAUGAGAACCACAGUGCUCCCAUGUUGUACAGCUGUGGGGCCCAGUACAGAAUACACACCCACGGAGUCUUUAGAGGCAUACAAGACGUCCGGCGAGUGCCCGGAGUGGCUCCGACCAUCGUGCGGUCGGCGAGCGAGACCAACGAGAAGCGUCCCUUCAUGUGCGCCUACCCUGGCUGCAACAAGAGAUACUUCAAGCUGUCCCACCUGCAGAUGCACAGCAGAAAGCACACUGGUGAAAAACCUUACCAGUGUGAUUUUAAAGACUGUGAACGAAGAUUUUCUCGUUCAGACCAACUCAAAAGGCACCAAAGACGACACACAGGUGUGAAGCCCUUUCAGUGUAAAACCUGUCAGAGAAAGUUCUCCAGAUCUGAUCAUCUGAAGACUCAUACCAGGACUCAUACAGGUAAAACAAGUGAAAAGCCUUUCAGUUGCCGGUGGCCCAGCUGUCAAAAAAAAUUUGCCAGGUCUGAUGAAUUAGUUCGUCAUCACAACAUGCACCAGAGGAACAUGACUAAACUGCAGUUGGCCCUUUAGACAGUUCAAACAAGGGACAAAACCAGAUGGGACAUUAUAAGCUACUGCAAACUUUCUCAGCCAUCCUCGAUCACCUCUGUCAGAGAGCUGCAGCUGUCUCCGCAUCCUAUCUGACACAAGUUAACUAAACCGUAGGAUUCUGCUCAGCCCUGCCUUCCAUUUGGAGCUACACAAGUUCCUAUUCCAUAAGUUCAAGAGAUAUUUACUCGUGGUUUUGUACAAAAGUUGGCAAGAUUGCCACGGUUUCAAGAUUGCUAUGAACCGUGCUUAGGUUUCAUGUCUGUCUCCAGCUUUUUUGUGUUAUUUUCACUUGAACUUUUCCAAGUACAAACUGCUGUACCUUUUU